CAAGCAACCGACCACAACAACACUGUGACAUAAUUACUAUCAACUCUUCUUCCCUUUUAUCAUUAAUAUUAUUCAAAAUGGCUAUGCGAGCUGAUAUCGAACAUUAUGAUGCACCCGUUUCGGGAGGUACUUCAAACCAAACUAAUAAUUCCAUUGAGAAAGGCCAUAUCAACGGCGAGUCGGACGUCAAACAUCAUGUAUUGAUCGACCUCAUCCACGAGAUUGCCACAAACGAUCCUGAUCGAGUCUUUACCUACACUCCAUCAUCCUCUGAUACUCAAGAUGGCUGGAAGCCAGUAACCCACCUCCACCUCGCCAACGCUGUCGAUUACCUCGCCCACGACAUCUCCAAAACCGUUGCCAAAUCCUCAGACGACGAGGUUCCUACAGUCGCAUACAUCGGCCCCAAUGACUUUCGAUACACGGCCAUUUUACUUGCUUGCGUCAAAGCAGGUUGCAAGGCCCUCUUCAUCUCUCCACGAAACACCCCCGCUGUUCAGAUCUCCCUUUUCGAAGUUACGGAUUGUCGAUACCUCUAUACAACCGAGUCGUUUAAAUCAGUUAUGCAGCCCUGCUUCGACCAACGAGCAAUGGAAGUUUCUAUGAUAGAGAGUAUCGAUCAUCUACUGUCGGCAACUCCCAUGCCGUUUCCCUACAGCAGAACUAUCGAACAGGCCCGAUGGGAUCCCCUUGUUGUUCUUCACACAAGCGGUUCAACUGGAGUCCCCAAGCCCGUCUUCCUGAAACAAGGUAUUCUGUACGCCUUGGAAGAUUGUCUUGCCCUACCCAAGUUCCAUGGUUCUCCCUAUCCCUUCAAUGAAUGGGCCGAACGGGCGAGCAAGAUCUUCGUGGGGAUGCCCAUGUAUCAUGCUGCAGGAACGUAUCUCCCUCUAUCCUUCAUAUACACUGGUCUUUCCGCGGUUAUGCCGUUUCCCAAUCAACCUUUGAACGUUGAUACAGCUAUGGACUACUUGAAACACAGUGGUGCUGAUGGUGCAAUGCUGCCCCCUUCCGUUGUCGAUGAGCUGGCAGCUACUGAAGAGGGUACCGAGGCUUUGGCCAAGCUCAAACUCGUCAUUACUGGCGGAGGGAGCCUGUCAUCCGAGGCCGGGAACAUGCUGGCGGAUAGGGGUGUCGUCUUGAGGAAUGUCAUUUCGUCAACUGAACUGUUUCCUUUAGCACCUUUUAGUCCGCAAGACCCCAAGCUGUGGCGAUACUUCAUCUUUAACUCUGAAGUCAUGGGUAUUGACUGGCAACACCGAGACUCCAACGAAUACGAGCUUGUCAUCCGGCGCAAAGCAUCGGAUCCCGGCAGCCAAGGCUGUUUCUACAAUUUCCCUGAAUUAUCCGAAUGGCGUACCAAUGACAUCUUUGAACCUCACCCAACGCUCAAGGAUCACUGGCUAUACAAAGGUCGGGCUGACAAUAUCAUUGUUUUCUCAAAUGGUGAGAAGCUCAACCCUCUGACCAUCGAAGGCAUCAUCUCGGACCAUCCUCUUGUCAAGUCAGCACUUGUCGUUGGCCAGGGAAUGUUUCAGGCAGCUCUCAUCAUCGAGCCCAUCGCGGAAGCCCAACCAAAAGACGACACUGAGGCGAAGGCUCUGCUCGAUAAGAUCUGGCCCACGAUCGAGAAAGCCAAUGCUGAGACCGUUGCUCAUGGACGAAUUGCUGCCAAUUUUGUCGCUUUGACGGACCCGGCUUUGCCCUUCCCUCGCGCUGACAAGGGGACUGUGCAGCGUGGUAAGGCUGUCAACCUGUACGCUAACUUCAUUUCGGCUUUGUACGAGAAGGCUGAGAUGCUUGGAGAUGGUCCAUCUAUCACCCUUGACUUGAGUGGCGACGACACUUUGACUGGCUCUAUCAUCAGUCUUUUUGCUACCAAGCUUGGAGUUGAGAAGCUCGAACCAGAUACGGACUUCUUCUCCGUCGGUGUUGACUCUUUGCAAGUCAUGACUGCGACCAAUUUGCUGCGGGGCGCUUUGCACAGAGCUGGCGUCGAGACGUCGACAAUCACUCCUCGAGUCAUCUAUCGCAACCCUACGGCAAAGGUGCUGGCUGCGUAUAUCCAGUCCUUGCGAAGUGGAGCCAGCGACGACGAUGAAGAGACGCAGGAGAUCAAUCAGAUCAAGGCACAGGUCGCAAAGUACACCAGGAACCUCCCAGCUCCUAGGACUGGAAAGCAGGCGCCUCUGGACGACGGUCAAACAGUCAUCGUCACGGGUACAACAGGUUCUUUGGGAGCUUACAUGCUUGACCAGCUCUGCCGUUUAGAGUCUGUCAAGAAGAUAAUUGCUCUCAACAGGAGUGACGAUGGCGGCGUAUCUCGACAGCCUUCGAUCAACGAGUUCCGUGGCUUGACAACAGAUUUCUCCAAAGUCGAGUUUCUCCACGCUGACCUAUCGCUUCCCGAUCUUGGCUUGGGCCAGUCCAAGUACGAUUCUCUUCUUGCCGACGUCGAUCGUGUUAUUCACAACGCUUGGCCUGUGAACUUCAAGUUCACCAUGUCUUCGUUUGAGAGUCACGUUCGAGGUGUACGACAUCUCGUCGAUUUCUCUUCUGCAGCUUCCAAGAACGUACCUAUCAUCUUCAUUUCGUCCAUUGGCACUGCCGAUAGAUGGUCUUCACCUGAAGCUGUACCUGAGGAGGCGUUGCAAGAUCUGUCCUUGCCUAGUAUGGCCUAUGGACGAUCCAAACUCGCUGCUAGUCUCAUACUCGACGCAGCUGGGGAGGAGUCUCGUAUCCCGGCCGUUUCGGUGAGAGUUGGCCAGAUUGCGGGUUCGAGAGGAGAGAAGGGCCUGUGGAACCGUCAAGAGCUGAUUCCAAGCAUGAUCGCUAGCUCAGUCUAUCUUGGAGUCCUGCCUGACCAUCUCGGCGGACAGCAGGAGAUUGCCUGGACGCCCAUUGAGGACAUUGCAGGACUUAUUCUCGACGUUGCGGGCAUCACGGUUCAGAAGUCUAUCUCUGAGAUCUCUGGAUACUUCCAUGGCGUCAACCCUGCUACUACCACUUGGUCUGACAUCGCUCCGGCAGUGAAAGGCUAUUACGGUGACAGCAUGAAGUUGGUGAGUGUUGCAGAAUGGGUUGAUAAGUUGGAAGCUAGCUCGAAAGAGGAGAAUGUGGACUUUGAUAAGAAUCCUGGCGUCAAGCUUCUGGAUUCUUAUCGUGGAUUAUUCGCUGGAGGCAAGGAGGCUCAGCCGGUUAAGUACAGUAUGAAGAGGACCACGAGCCAUAGUCCAACGAUGAGAGAGCUUGGACCGAUUACACCGGAACUCAUGAGGAACUGGUGUCGCCAAUGGGGAUUUUAGUUGCUGGAUGGUAGCAUUCCUCGGAAGACACUCAUAACCUAGCUAGUCUAUCAUUUUUACAAUAUAUUUCGCUGUUCCUUUCCUCUA